CUACGUAGCAUGUUUCUUGGGCAGUCUCAAACGCGCCACACCUCGUCACAGACAGGCUUGAUAACAAUACAAUAUCUCAAUUGUUUAACUGAUAAAAUACCACCUGUAACAUGUUUAUUAUCUUAGCACUAGUUUUAGUAGCGAGUUCAAUUCCGCCGGAAAACCACGCAUUGACAACAAAAAUGACAAAAGAUCUAAAAGUUGUAGUUUCGUCCAACGAUUAUCCCGCGAGCGGGUUAAAAGUUCUUCAGGAACAUUUCACAGUUUUACAAAGUAAAUACAACCAUUACGGGAAAGAGGGUAUAACAGAGAACCAGGAGGAACUCAUGAAAAUUAUUCCUGGAGCGUCAGCCCUGGUGUGGAUCUCUCACCAUCCCAUCACCAAGGAACUGCUUGAUAGAGCUGGACCUCAGCUUAAAAUAGUAAGCACGGUGUCAGCUGGGUACAAUCACUGCAAUGUCCCGGAGCUGAAGGCGCGUGGCAUUAAACUUUCCAACACACCGGAAGUCCUCAGCUCGGCCGUGGCAGAGAUCGCUGUGUCCCUGAUCUUGGGUGCAGCGAGACGGUUCACAGAGAACCUGGAUCAAGUCCGCAGAGGCGAAUGGGAGAUCGGUUUCCAAAAGACUCUCGGACAGGACGUCAGAGGAAGUACUGUCGGAGUUAUAGGGCUCGGUGGAAUUGGACAGGCGACUGUGAAGAGGUUGGCUGGAUUCGAAGUAGAGAGGUUCCUUUACACCGGACAUCGAGAAAAACCAGAAGCAAAAGCUCUCAACGCGGAAUUCGUAUCUCUCGAUAAUCUUCUGAGCCAGAGCGACUUUAUAGUCCUCGCUGUUCCGUUGACCGAUGAGACUCGUCACAUGAUAAACAAGACAACCAUCGCUAAGAUGAAGAAGAACGCUAUCAUUGUUAACGUCGGAAGAGGAGAUUUGAUAGACCAGGAGGCUUUAUACGACGCUCUGAAGAAUGGAGACAUAUAUGCCGCCGGUCUGGACGUCACUACGCCCGAACCGCUACCAAAAGACCACAAACUCUUGUCCUUACCCAACAUAUUCAUUCUUCCUCACAUCGGAAGUGCUACUGAACGCACGCGGAGCGAUAUGGGAGUACUCGCCGCUAACAACGUGAUUCGUGCACUCACAGGAAAACCUCUUUUAACACCCGUACUGGAAUAAUUAAGAAUACAGCAGUGCGCUGGAGCUUCGUAACAGGUUAACAUAUCGAAGUUCCAAAAUAAUUUCACAAAAUCGUCGAAAGAAACUUUAAAAUGAUAUUAAAUUAACGCCAACCCGAAACGGAAGAGUUUUAUCGAAAAUCUACAAAUCUGAAUAUAAAAUUUCAACAAAUUAAAUACAGCGACAUCAAUGACAUUGAUUUCUGACAACUCCAUUUCAUAUGUCAAACUGACAGUUAAUCGUGACAGAACCAAUUUUUAAAAAUCAAAUUCAACAACCUUGAAACAUACAAUGAAUAAUUUGAUCCGUGACAGAUUGCAUCUAAUCGGUUUACAUCUACUACAUAAAGUCGGUACUAUAUGCAUCAUUGUUAUCUGUAAAUAAAAGCACACUUCUGAUAUGGCUAACCAAAAUCAACCUUGUCUAUUCUUCCUAAUGUUUCUUUGACAAUGCGCCAUGAUUAUGUAUUAAAUGAUUAUUACUCCCUGUA